UGGGAAGGAAGGGAUUUGGGGGGAAUCUUCCUGCUACCCCCAAGUGUUUAUUUUUGAUACCAAACAUGUAUUUUCAGCUCCCUCCCUCCCAGCCCCCCAAUUUCCUGCAGGCGGGUACAAAGGACCCUUUAAGUGUCCCUGGAGUUGGGAGGGAGGAAUGGGGCACAUAAAACCUGUCUUGUCUCAAUUCCAGGCCAGAAAGGGUGGGUUGAAAGACUCCUGAGCUCAUCUCCAAUGUUUGUUUUAUUUCCCCCAAAUGGACCUUUUUUUCUAAGAGUCCCAGAGAAUGGGGAAUUGUUCCUGUAAAUAUAUAUUUUUAAAGGUGUUGCUGGAGGCUGUUGACAUUUUUCCCCCUCGAUGUCUUCAUGACAAGCUGAGUGUGAUAGGGAUACCCUUGUGUGAAGGGCAAUGAGAGUGUGAAGCAGAGGUUGAUUGUGGAAAAAAUAGUGUGAUGGCAUGUGUCAGAAACAGUAGUUGAGACUGCCAGUUGGUAACCAGGUGUGUGUGAGAGAAAGUGUGGAAGACUGUGAUUAUGUCUGUUAUGUGUAUGAGAGAAGAGCAGCAGUUGUGACCACAAACUUUUGACAGCAUGCCUAUAUGAGAAAUUAAGGUUGUGUUUCAGAAACUCAACUAAGACUGGAUGAAUGAUUAAGAUCCCAUACAAGAGUUGGGAUGUAGCUCGAUGGUAGAGUGUGCUUGCCCAGCAUGCAUAAGGCCCUGGAUUCCAUCUUCAGCCUAGCCAAAAAAAAUCCUGUGCAAAAACUUGUGAUGAUCUGCAUGACAUAUUGUUUGUGAGAGGGGACUGGACACUGCAGAUCUGUCAGUAUUUGACAAGCUGAUGCCAAGCAAGACAGAAUGUGUAACCAAAACUGAGUGUGAGAGAGGACAGGAAACAGGUGGAGACUGUCAGGGAUCGGGUAUAGGUGAGAGGCCUUACUGUGGGAAAGCAGGUGACUGACUGGUCAUGAAUUGUGGAGUGAGGCAUAGCUUCUGUGUGAAGCUAUACAAAGCUGAAGUGUCAGCUAAAGUCACAGGAGUAGGGCCAAGGAUUUACUUGGUAGUUUUGCCGCCUGCUGUGCAAGUGCAAGGACCCAAGUUCGAUCCCUGAUAACAACAACAAAAAAAAGUCACAGGAGUGCCUGUGUGAGUUGAUUGUGUGAGAGAAAAUGGCUAUGAGGGCUAAGAGAUACUGAGAUCCAAGAUAUGAGAAUAUGUGUCUGAAAACUUUUCAUGGAGACUAGAAAAGACCAUAAGAAAUCAGAUGGCUGGGGCUGGGAGACUCUAAUUGUAUGCGUGUACAUGUGAACCUGAGAUAAAUGGCACACUGACGUAUAGUGUCCACUUCUGCCUCUCCACAGGUUCUGGUGAGGCUGCGGAACUGAAAGGGUACCAUAGGUCACAGAAUUGUCUAUGAGGGAGAGAGAAGAAACAAUGUUGGUGAGAGGCAAGCAGCAGAAAGCCCAGGAACUCAGUGACCAUGGGAAAGAAACUUGACAACUGAGCAGUGUCUAAGAGUGUAUAAGUCUAUGAAGCAUUUCAUAAAACUAAAGAGAAAUCACAUGUUUGUGAAAAAAAAAUGAAACCAAGCCAAUGAGACACUGAGUGACUAUGUGAUCAGAGUGUGUAAGAAACUUAAGACGUUGUAGUUGUGGGCAUGUGCCUAUGAGCUGACCUCGGGAGGAAAACAGUGGUGUGCCUGACUGACACAGGGCGUGGACAACUGAUUGUGUGAGACAUAUGGAGAAUCUAGCAGCAAUUAGUGUCUGCAUACAUCAGAAGUGGGCUAGGUGGUAAGGCUGAAUGAGUGAGUGAACCAGUAUCUGAGAAAUUGGUUGUGUCCUUAUGUGUGAAAUUCUAAAAGACUUUUUGGGGUUUUUUGGGGGCGGGGGGGUUGUUUUUUUUUGUUUGGUUCCAGGAAUCAAACUCAGGACCUUGUGCUUGCCAGGCAGGCGCAGCGCCACUGAGCUACAACCCCGGCCCUGUAAAAGACUUUUUAUUAAAGGCUACAAAUCAAAAACUUGCAAUGGUGAAAGCUGAGAAGAAAUGUGGGAGCAGGUGAGGGCAGUCUGAUACACUGCGUGAUGGUAUGUAUGUGUGGAACCAUUCAUGGGAGGCUAUAAAAGUCUGUAAUCACGAGUCACAGGGGUUUAAGUGGCUUAAGUUAGCAGAGAAAGGAGAGAUGGUGAUUUUGAUUUUGUCUGUGUGAAAAACUUCAUGAGAGUCCAGUUAGUGAUGAAUGUAAAUCAGUGACUAUUUGUGGAUGUGAAAAAUGGCAGAGUGAAUGAAAUGACUUACAUUAUUAGAUGAUGUGACUGUGUAUGUGUAAAAUACUUAUGAGAGAAAACAUCGGUACGCUGAGUCAAACCAUAAGACAUAAUUGUGAAACUGUUAGUGGGACACUGUAGUGAGGCUGAGGAUCAUUGUCAGAGAAAAUGACUCCCUGAGUAGGUAAGUGACAAUGUCUGAGUGGCUGUGUGAUGGAGUAUGUAUGUGAGCUUGUUCACAAGUAGAGGCUGCAAAUCCAGAAUUUUAUGUGUAUAGGUAAAAAAAAUUAAACAUGAGAGAUUGAGACCAAUGUAUUAGAGGCCAUGGAUUGAAUUGCCAGGCGUAGGAGAAAAACUCCUUUGUCUCCUGUCUCCACAGGCCCCUUCCGCUCAGUCCCUUGGGCUGAUACUUCCCAGUUCUCCAAAACUUGAAAUGCUGGGAUUCCCCUACACUUUGCUUGGGGCUCCCUUCUCCUGCACCCUCUCUAGGUGAUCUAACCCAGAUCUAGCCCUUGAAAUGUGAUUUAUGCCCCAAGGUGAUUUAUUUCCAACUCAGGCUGUUCCUUUAAACGCUUACCAGAACCUCAAGUUUUGCUCCUUUGAUUUGUUCAUGCACUCAACAAAUGUUUAUUGAGCAUCUACUUUUUGCUAGUACCCAUCUACUGGAGAUCUAGCAGUUAACAUACCAGACCAAAGUCUCUGCCCUUGUGGAGCUGAUACUCAGUGAGGGAGACUGACAAGGAACACAAAUACAUUGUAUCAGGCAAUAAUGUAAUAAUUAAAUAAGACAAGAUUCUCUCUCUUUGUUUAAAGGAGUUUGCAGAGUCAUUUUAAUGCCUAAAUGUGUGUGGGAGAAAAUGAAAGUGCAGAAAUCCUCAUCCACAGGGAAUCCUAUGAGUAUUCAUACAGUUAGGGAACAAAGGAAAUAUCGAUUAUAACAUUAUUACCAGGGCAACAGGUUAUUAAAUAAAACAGCUAGGCAGAAUUGCAGGUUUCUUGGGGAGUUUGUUUUCACAGGAUAACACAGCGCUGACAGCUAAAGUCAGAAUCUUAACAAGACCCCUUUGUUCAAGGCACACAUUCAGAAAUAGGCUUAUAAUCUCUGAGAACAGAAUACAUCUGUAAUGGAUACAAAUAUUAACACACACCUUAUCGGCCCAAAACAAGAGCAGUAUUCUUGUAAUUUUUUUGAGACAGAGUGUUGCUGUGUAGUUCAGGUUGGCCUCAAACUUGUGAUCCUCCAGCCUUAGCCUCCCAAGUACUGGGAUUACAGAUGUGCACCAAUGAGCAGUAUUCUUGAGAAACUUCUGUCUUAACCCCUGACCAGAUUCUUUUGUUUUAAUUUAAGAGUUGUAUUUUCUCUGUGAAUGCAGGAGAAAUGAGGCAUUGCCUUCCUAUCUUUCUCAGGCUCCUUUUUGUUAAUUAAAAAGAUUGUUUUUAUUUGUGGUACUGAAGAAUAAAUCCGGGGCCUUGCACAUGUUAGGUAAGCAGUCUGCCAUUGAGUCCCCAGCCCACAAAAUUUUGGUUUUACAGCAGGCUCUGGAAUUUCACUCAUUAGGGCUAUGAAAAAGAGAAAACAGGUCUGUGGAGCUCAAUUUUACCUGCAAGAAAAGUGAACUGAAGAGGAAUUAAUUAUUAGCAGUAAAACAAAGAGCAUGUAGGAUUGUUUUCUGUAGCUGAGACCCACAAAGAAAAUUAAGGAUCAAGGACUAAAAUGGCAGUUCUUAAAGUGUGGUCCCCAUGCCAGCAGCAUCAGUUGUCAACUGGGAAUUUGUUAGAAAUGCCCAUUCAGAAUCCAGAGUGUGGGACCCAACAACCUCCAAUUUUAUUAAGCCUUUUGAGAGAUUCUGAUGUACACUAUGGUUUAAGAGCCACUGGGCUAGAGAGUGACAGGGAUGUCACCCAAGAAGGGUAGCUGGGAAAGGCCUCUGUGAAGGAGGUGAUGUUUAUUGUCUGUCUCCUCUUUUAGAGUAUAACCCUCACUGAGAAUUUGUCCAAAGAACUUUGAAUGCUGAAAGGUUGCUGGGUGGAGCACAGUAUGAGGUACUGGGGAUUGGGUGACAAACAAAACAGGACUAAAGGUGACACAGGAAUUGGGGAGGAGAGACAAGAGGAGGAGGCAGAGGGGCAAGGGAGGGUGGGAGCUGAGGAAGCCUGUACAGUGCCCUCCCAGUUCCUCCUGGCAGGGCAGGGCAGGCAGGUUCCUCUUGCCAGCAGUGGGUCAGCUCAGAUCAAGCCAGGCCUCUCUGGCAGAGGUGCAGGGGUUUGGUGCUCAACAUGACUGCCCCAGUGAAGGCACCUCAGUCACUGUUGCUACUGCUGCUUCUCACCCUGCCAGGCACAGGCUCAGACCCAGUGCUCUGCUUUACCCACUAUGAGGACUCCACAGGCAGGUGCAAGGGCCUCCUGGGGAGAGACAUCAGUGUGGAGAACUGCUGUCUCAAUGCUGCCUACGCCUUCCAGGAGCGUGAUGGUGGGCUCUGCCAGGCAUGCAGGUCCCCACAGUGGUCACCGUGGUCCCCAUGGGGCCCCUGCUCUGUGUCAUGCUCUGAGGGCUCCCAGCUGCGACACCGCCGCUGCAUAGGCUGGGGUGGGCAGUGCUCUGAGAAGGCGGCUCCUGGGAUCCUUGAAUGGCAGCUGGAGGCCUGUGAGGAGCAGCAGUGCUGUCCUGAGAUGGGCGGCUGGUCUAAUUGGGAACCCUGGGGGGCUUGCUCAGUCACUUGCUCCAAAGGAACCCGGAUCCGCCAGCGAGUAUGUAAUAACCCUGUCCCCAAGUGUGGGGGCCACUGCCCAGGAGUGGCCCAGGAGUCAGAGGCCUGUGACACCCAGCGGGUCUGCCCCACACAUGGGGCCUGGGGUCCCUGGGGCCCCUGGAGUGCCUGCUCGAGCUCCUGCCAUGGUGAACCCCGUAAACCUAUGGAGACACGAAGCCGCACGUGUUCUGCACCUGGGCCCUCUAAGGAGCCUCCUGGAAAGCCCUGUCCAGGAGUAGCCUAUGAGCAACGGGGCUGCCCUGGCCUUCCACCCUGCCCAGUGGCUGGGGGCUGGGGACCAUGGGGCCCUGUGAGCCCCUGCCCUGUGACCUGUGGCCUGGGCCAGACCGUGGAACAACGGACAUGCAAUCGCCCUGUGCCCCAGCAUGGAGGCCCCUUCUGUACUGGUGACGACACCCGGACCCACAUCUGCAACACAGCUGUGCCCUGCCCUGUGGAUGGAGAGUGGGAGGCCUGGGGUGACUGGAGCACCUGCACCCACCCACACCUGAGCACCAUCCGCUGUAAGGAAAUCCCAGGCCAGCAGAUGCGCACAAGGAGCUGCAAGGGCCGCAAAUUUAAUGGCCAGCGGUGUGUUGGGAAAUACCAGGAUAUCCGACACUGCUACAACAUCCAGAACUGCAUCUUUGGAGAUAAAGGCACAUGGUCACAGUGGAGUGCCUGGGGGCUGUGCACACCCCCAUGUGGACCCAACCCCACCCGCGUCCGCCAGCGCCGCUGCAUGGCCACACUUCCCAAGUUCUCGCCCACAGUUUCAAUGGUUGAAGGCCAGGGUGAGAAGAAUGUUACUUUCUGGGGGAAUCCACUGGCACAGUGCGAGGAGCUGCAAGGGAAGAAGGUGCUGGUGGAGGAGAAGCGGCCUUGUCUACACGUGCCUGCCUGCAAAGACCCUGCGGAGGAAAAGCCCUAACACCUCUCCCUCUGCUCUGACCUCCCGGACCUCAAUAAACCAGCUUCAUCAGGCUCUUCUAAAGAUUCCUUAAAGAAGGCAAAGCAACCUAGCCCCUUUCCCAGAAGUGAGGCAAUAGUAUCUAAUAGAGCAAAAUCUCAGCAGCCUGUUGUGGAAAACAGUACUUUCCAUUGUGGUUGUAGCUUGGAAGUCAGUCAUGAAAGUGAGUGUCCAGCCCCAGCAUCCCUUCACCGCUGCCGUAGGGCGGUGGCCCCUCUAGGGCCCCAGGGCCGCCUACCACAUCCCUCUGCAGAGCUCUGCUUUGUAGGUAUCUUGAUUGGCUACUAGCCUGGCAGACAUUUAUUGAUUGGCCAGCAUGCUGGUUAGUUGCUGUCUCCCCGCCUCCUAAAGCUCUCCAGGUUCCCACCCGCUGGAGCCUCCCUGCUGGCCAAUUCCGUGUCAGCUAAGCCAGAACCACAGCAGAGAGGCGUGGCUAGCAUUGGCACCCUGCAGCUUGAACACCUGCACCCACCCACUCACAACAGCCCAGCUCCAACACCACAAUUACAGAUGACAAAUAGCUCCGCGAGGCGGGGGUGGGGGUUGGCUGAUGAAGUGACUGUGACAUGCUUUGAGCUGGGGCAGGGGCAAAGAGCUGCUAUAGUGUCAGCAUCCACAGGGAGGAUCCCCUAGGACAGACUCAGAUGCAGAUUCCUUUCACAUGUGUCCAUUUCACCGAAUAUAGCGCCGACUAUAGGUUCGAACUUAGUCUAGGCAUCUGCAGUGGAGGAGGGUUGAUAGAAGGAGAGGACAUCUGGGCCAGGGAACAGACUCAGAAUAGGCAUUCCUUUAGUUUGAACAUUUAUUUGACGCUUAACGCCUACUGUAUACUAACAAUAGUGCUGGACAUCAGGGGAUAUAGGGAAGAAGAAAAAUCAGAGCAGCACAUGUCUCCACAGUCACAGUGAGGGGAACAAACCCAGACACCACUGCUCUUAGCAUUUGCUCAUUCAUUUACCACUCAUUGAAUGCCAAGCCCCUUGUGAUGAGGCACAUAGGAAUCAUAAUAUUUAUGGUAAUAGCUAACACUUAGAAAGUACUUACUGUGCCCCCAGUAGUGUCUUAAGGCUUUGUAUAGCAUGAACUCAUUUAAUCCACAACAAACCAUGAGAGUCAGUAUUAUCCCCAUUUUACAAAGGAAGACAUUUGGGCUGGACAUUUUUGAAGCACCAUUGUAAUGUGGCCUUAAAUACCAGUAGCAGAGUUCAAGACUGUGCAGUGGGUGAAGGGAACCCAUCUGUGCAGGAAGAUUCAGGAGGUAGAUUUGUGAUGCCUGGUGUUUUGUCAAUAUGCUCAUUUGACUUUUCUGGGCCAGUUUCCCCUUAUGUAACAUGAGCCAGCUGAUGUGAUGAAGUGAAGAGAAGUUAAUGAGUACUUGGUCAUCUUGGGAAGACUGAACCAAAGAGGGUUUCUGGUUGCUACUAUAAGAUAUAAGAGGCCUUCUGUACAUCCAUUCAUGCUGAAGAAGAUGGAGACAGUGCAGAAGAGCCUUGCCUUUGCCUUGAGGAAUCAAAAUAUUCCUGAGGGACUCCUCUACAAAAAAAGUAAUUCCUGGAAAUUGAGCCACCUGGAAAAAGGGAAGGGUGCUGGAGACCACAAGUACUAGUAGCCUGGGAACUAGAUACCUAGGAAAAGGCACAGUCUACAGACAGAGUCCUCAGGAUCUUGAAUUUGGGUCCAGAGAAGCCAGAAAGAUCUGUAGACCUGCAGCUGCUCCCAUCCCCUAGAGAGGUCAUCACAGGCCUGGGAAAGUUUGCUUGCUUCUGUUAAUAAACAACAAAGUUUUUUGAUUAAUAAUGGAAGCACAUAUUUCAAAACAUUGGAAAACACCCAAUUUGUGGGGCACUCCCCAUUUGAAAUGCCAGAGAGAGCAUCCUAGAGGGAAGAGGAAGGACUAGCCAAAGCAAAGGCCAGGAGAUGAGACUGAAGGUGGGUGGGAUGCAGGGGAGUAAGGGGAUGGUUUGGGAAGUGUUUAACUUGGGAACCAUGGGCACCUAGGGGAAGUGGGGAUGAAUCUGGAAGUAGGGGUUCCUGGAGGCUAUGAUCCAAGGCAGCUCUAGACAGAGGGAGGGAGAGGCAUUCCUGACAGAAGUUACAGGACAUUCAAAGGUACCUUUUCCUUAGAGGUGGGCCAGGUCAUCAUCCUUUUAUUAUACAUGAAGAAACCAAAUCUCUGAGAGAUUGGGUCACUUUUCUAAGUGUGUCCUGGAGGCAUGACUUGAAGCCAAGUAUUUGACUCCAGACUCUACACUAUUAUUGCCUUGUUUAAACAGGCCAGUGGUUUAAUGAAUGAAGAAUGAACAAAUAGGUGGAUGAUUCAUCUGAAAAUCCCACAGGCAGAAGAGACCCCCAAAUCUGCCUAUUUGCAUAUCCUCUGCCACCUCAUCUGGUUCACCAUCACUGCUCACUAUGGUCAAGGCCCUAUCUAAUCUGGCCCCUGGUGACCACUCUGACCCUGUCUUUGGCCACAAUACUCCUCUGUUCUAGCCACACUGGCACUGACUGUACCAUCUUCCUGGCACAUUCUUUAUUACUUUUUUUUUUUUUGGUACUGGGGAUUGAACUCAGGGCCAUGUGCUUGUGAGGCAGGCGGCAGAAUUACUGAGCUAAAUUCCUGGCCCAAGGCACAUUCUUUAUUUUUAUUUUUAUUUUUUUGGCACAUUCUUUUUUCUUAAAAAAAAUGUAUAUACAUCAUAAAGUGAACAUGACCCUUUGGGAA